GAGACGGAUGACGGGAUGGCCGCGACGACGUGGCGCGACGGGCAUCGGCUGCUCCGCAUCCACUCUCCACCACUCCUCCAUUCCCUUCCCAGCCCAAACCCAAAACCACGGGCAUCUCCGCCACGCCACGCCAAAGCCUACGCGCGCGAAAUGGCGACGUCGACCAGCCUCGCCGCCGCGCUGCCCUCGCGGCUCACCUCCCCGGGCCGCCGCGCCGCCCUCUCCUGGGCCACCUCCUGCGCGCGCCCUCACCCAGCCCGUGCCGUCUCAUCGGGCUGCAGGCUGGUCGUGACCUGCAACGCGCAGGCGGCGGCCCCCAUCAGCAUUGGGCAGGGGACGCCCGUCAGGCCGACGAGCGUGCUGGUGGUCGGCGCCACGGGGACCCUGGGACGGCAGGUGGUCAGGAGGGCGCUGGACGAGGGCUACGACGUCAGGUGCCUCGUCAGGCCCCGCCCGGCGCCCGCCGACUUCCUCCGGGACUGGGGCGCCACCGUGGUCAAUGCCGACCUCAGCAAGCCAGAGACGAUACCCGCUACCCUUGUUGGCGUUCAUACGGUCAUUGAUUGCGCCACGGGGCGGCCGGAAGAGCCCAUUCGAACGGUAGACUGGGAAGGAAAGGUUGCUCUAAUCCAGUGUGCUAAGGCCAUGGGGAUUCAGAAGUAUGUCUUCUACUCCAUUCACAACUGCGACAAGCAUCCUGAGGUCCCCUUGAUGGAGAUCAAGUAUUGUACAGAGAGGUUUAUUCAGGACACAGGUCUGGAUUACACCAUCAUCCGAUUGUGCGGUUUCAUGCAGGGCCUAAUUGGGCAAUAUGCGGUGCCUAUACUAGAAGAGAAGUCAGUUUGGGGAACUGAUGCUCCGACUCGGAUUGCAUACAUGGACACCCAGGACGUCGCUCGCCUGACAUUUGUUGCUUUGCGCAAUGAGAAGGCCAGCAAAAAACUCCUAACAUUUGCUGGACCACGUGCUUGGACAACUCAGGAGGUUAUUACAUUAUGUGAGAGACUGGCUGGGCAAGAUGCCAAUGUAACUACUGUCCCUGUUGCAGUCUUGAGAUUUACUCGUCAAUUAACACGGUUCUUCCAGUGGACAAACGAUGUGGCUGAUAGGCUGGCAUUUUCAGAGGUGCUCUCCAGCGACACUGUUUUCUCAGCUCCAAUGAAUGAGACAUACCAGCUUCUUGGGGUGGAGGCAAAGGAUAUCCUCACCUUAGAGAAAUAUUUACAAGAUUAUUUCUCCAACAUAUUAAAGAAAUUGAAGGGUCUCAAGGCACAGUCCAAGCAAAGUGACAUAUACUUUUAAAAAGAGGGAUUUCAACAAAAUUAUGACAUAUUUCUGAUGCAAAUAUGUGCGCCAAGACACAGAUGAGUGACUAAAAUUUUUCUUGUAUAUUUUUCAUUUUGUUGUGUAUGAGAAGGCACAAUCUUAUUAGGGCGAUGUGUAUAGAAUCCCGACACUUUGGUCGAUCUAAAAAUUAUGCAAAGCAGUCUAAAAGUCCUGAAUUCAUAGUGAA